AUGACGAUACGGUCUGACAGCUUCAUGUGCAUGCGGCGGUUACAGUCGCUCAAACUCAACUACAAUCAUUGGGAAAUAAAGAACCACACAGGAGUAUUCUCGAAGUUGGUCAGCAUAGAGAAACUAGAGUUACAGAACUCCUUUCUCCCGCUGGUGAAUUCAACGGAACAUAUGAAACAGUUAGGAGAAACUUUCAAAGAAGCCAAAAUGCCCGAGUUGAGGGAAUUACACAUGGAACGUAACAAUAUCAAACACAUCACCGCGGAUGACUUUCACGUGUUCUGCCCACUCCGAAACCUCAAGAAACUUUAUUUGUCUCAUAACUUCAUAUCACAUCCCGGAAUUGACCCGAGUUGCGCUGAGAACCUCGACGAGUUACACUUAGAUAACAACUCUAUUCCAUUCCUGAGCGACGUCAUGAUAAAAGUCGUUGAGGAUCUUCCGGAGUUGACUUUAAUCAAUAUCACUGACAAUCCUUUCGUGUGCGACUGCCAAGUCGACAACUUUUACCACUUCUUGAAGAGUACGAUUCUCCUUCUAGACGUGGAAGGUUUAAAAUGUGUUGCAGGUUAUCCCGUCUCUAAUGUCGGACACAAAAUUGUUGAUCUCCAUGUGACUGACUUCCGAUCAACAAAUAAGGAGGGUCCCUCCAAUCCUCCUGGUUCCACCACUUCUCCGAGGGAACACCCGCUGGCGGCGGGCAACGAAAGAUUCUGGGAGAUUACUGACAAGAGUUAA